UACUAUAUAGAGAGAGAGAGAGAGAGAGAGGUAUUUAAGAGACGAAAGGGAAAGAAAAGACGAGAAGGCCAAAGGGAAAGGGGAAAAGACGAUUAGGGAUUGAUUGAAAGAUUAUUAUGGGGAGAAAAAGACGGUACUACAAAUAUGGGGAUGCGAGGACGAAGAUCGAUACGAUGAACACACUAAUCAACAAAUUGGAAUUGGAAUUGGAGGAGGAGGAGAAGAAGAAAAAUAAUAAAUUGGAAUUGGCGAAUCUGAUAUAUGAGAUACGCGAACAACUCGAAAUAGUCGCGGCGGAGAAGAAGCGGAUCAAUCGUAGGCUUUUCAUUAAGGCCGUCGAUCGACGUAAACGCCUCGUAUAUGAUCGAGAUUCCACAUCCAGUGAACUUCGUAAUUGCAAAAAAGCCCGAUUUCUUAAUAAAUCAGCCAAAAUUGCAUUAGGUUACUAUCGCAGAACAAAUCUGCCGCACAACAAUGGUCGGUGGUGGACGUUAUCAGAGCAACCGAAUCUCCGUGCAGGGCCGGCUAUAUAUUGUGUUCGACGUUUACCGCCACACUUAAUUCUGAGGAACAAGUCAAAACUUUUGAAACAAUGAUUUACUUCGGAAUCGAUCGAACUGAAGUCAGAUCUGUUCGAAUUGUUACAGGCUAUUCUAGUUCAGAACAUUCUUCUAGUUCAGAAGAGGAAGAUUGUUAAGUUGUGUUGCUUUUCAUCUAAUCGGGUUGUGACUACAUUUAUGUUUCUGCAUUCGGUUUGUGAACUAUUUCAUACUUCGAUCAACUGUAUUAUUAAUUGAGAGAGCAGCUUGUAUCUUUAGUUUUUUCCAUUUAUAUGGUUAGUUGUAUAUGAAUUUCUCUGUUAUACUA